GAGUUGGUUCGAGUUCGAAGAAAUAGGGGUCCCAAACCAGUCCCAAACCUAAUUCAAUAUACCCUGAUCCCAAACGCAUAACGAACGAAAGCCCUGAAACAGCUCGCGAGCAAAUCGCCGUCCGACUCCAAGACAAUCAAACCAUUGCCUCAUCCCACGCGCUGAAAACACAUUAUCCGGUCAUAAAUUCACAGUAAAUUGGCCCAACAAACGUGCAUCCGAGUCCCAACCAAGUAACAACGAGCUCCGAUACUACCAAUACUAGCCCGAGCGCUCCCACCACCUUGAAGACCGGGGCCGGAGCCCGCCACCCCAACCGGCCACAAUGGCCAGCGAGGAGCAGCUGCAGACCGUCAACGCGGUGGCGCACUUUGAGACGUACGAGGCCUACCUGGACUCGAUCGCCUCCUGGCAGGACAUGUUCUACCUGGAGGACCAGACGCUGGCCCGUGCCGUCGUCGAGCUCGGCUACCGCGGCACGGCUGAGUUCAUGCGCCGCAGGGAGUUCGAUGAGAAGCGCGCCGAGUACGAGGCGUCCAAGGUGAGCCGCGACGCGCGUGAGGACGCCCUGGCCUCGGACGGCCUGCUGCUGGAGGACCCGCUGCUGCGCGCGCUGGCCGACCGCGAGGCGGCCAACCGCGACGGCAGCCUCACCACCGUCAUCUUCCUGCGGAAUCUCAACGAGCGAAACCAGGAGAUCUCCGGCUACGUCGACUACGCGCAGCGGCUCAAGACGGACGACUUCUCAGAGUACUUCAGUGGCCGGGCGCGCCUGAUGCCGCGGCUCAGCGAUAUGGCCUAUUUCAACUGGAAGACGCAGCACGCGCGCUGCAACAACACGCCCAACUGGCAGGUCCUCUCAGAGAGCGUGCACGGACUGGUGUUCAAGUCGCGCCGCGACCGCAAGGUGGUGAGCGUGGACCCGCGGGUCGAGUCUCCCGGCGACAGUUCGACGCGCAGCCUGGUCUCGUCGCCCAAUUACACGCAGGUGGUGCUGUAUGACCACGUCAUCAGACAGAAAAUAUAGGGGCGCAGAGACAGUCAACGCGGCCCGCCCAGACAGCCAGUGCUUGGCGGUGGUGAGAAACAAUUACUGACGGUUGUAGUUGUUCGACCAUGAUGUCAUAGCUGAAGUUUCAGUGUCUGUUUAAGAAAGUCCCUCGACCUUUUUCACACUCCCAAUUGCUCUAACAAUUUUCGCCUUAUUUUUUAGCGAAAUGCAGUACAGCUGCGCAGAUAAACGAAUUUUCACUAAAGUGAAUGCCCAAGAAGCGUGCGAAUAGACAGGGAAGGCGGAGGGCGAGCAUUCUAUGAAGGAAAGCAAGAUAAGAAGUGCGACGUUGAGAAAACAAAGCAAUGAGAGUAAAGAUGGGCUCUAACUACGAAA